CUUGAAGCAGAACAUCGACAAGUUAUUUGCUCUGGCUUCUAUUUACGUUCCAACGUUACGUUCACCGACCAUUCUUGAGCCAGCUACACCGGAAUGCUCCCGAAGAAAGUCAAACGCUCAACUGCGUCUGCGGAUGUAAAGGGCAGCUCAACCACGACUCGGAAAGUGGGAGCGCAGAGAAAGCGCGGCGGCAAGCCCGCGCGCGGGCGAAGUCGCGGUGGCCUCAAAGGCAUGCUCGACAUGCCGAUUGAUGUUGUGUUUGAGAUAUUCCGGCGUCUUCAUCCACGAGACUUGCUCAGCCUAUCAUGGUCGUCGAAACCACUGCACGGGUUGUUGAUGAUGAAGAGCUCGGCAUACGUAUGGAAGGAGACCCUGAAGAACGUGCAAGACUUGCCUCCGCGUCCUAAUCACCUCAAUGAGCCUGCAUGGGCUUCGUUCCUCUUCUCGACACAUUGCACUGCGUGUGGAACCGGCAAUGUUACAGACACGCUCUGGGAAUUGUACGCGCGUUUCUGCAAGGAUUGCUUUCCCCAGAACGUUGCCUGCAGUCAAUCUGAUUUUGAUGAGAGAUACGAUCAAUGGGACAACGUACCUGCGAAUAUGUUCAAUAGGUGCUACAUUGGUAGGCACCGCGAAACUGACAAGGUAUACCUGCGGUCUGAGGUGAAAAGGCUCAUGUAUACGUGGGAGAACCUAGUGAAGGCCAAUGAUGACCACGACUUAGCGUUGUUUAUCGGCACUGAGAUACUGCGGGUGAAGAGGAUCGCAAAGCAUGCCUCACUUUGUGUCGAUUGGGCCGAAAGACAAACCAAGAAGGAGCAAGCCGAAAUGAAGGCAGAACGUCUUCAGGAAAUUGUGUCGAGAUUGUGCUCCCUCGGGUGGGGUCCCGAGCUUGACUAUAUCAAGAAGAACAAUAACGCGCCAUUCUAUCAACAUGAGCAUGUUGUGGUUGCUGAGAAGCUCACAGACCGGAUUUGGCAAAACAUACGCAAGGAUAUGGUCAAGUGCAUGCAGGAAUUACGGGAAGAGCGCCUCGCGUUCGAACUGACGCAGAGGCUGAGUCGACGCUGGCACGCCAUGGAAAAUACCCUGUUGGAUCUCAAGGAACAUCCCGAAGUACUGGGCUACGGACUCAGACUCGGCGACAUCGCGCUCAUGCCGGAAAUCCGCGAGAUAAUGUGUGCUCCUGUGGAGGUGCAAGUCAACAAGGACAGCCUCGCGGCAUUGGAGAAAAAGGUGGUAAUGCGCGCGAAGCAGUGGGACGCGCGUGUGCGUGGCGAACUACGUGCACUGGUGGAUGCGUCUAGAUCUGUGCAGGUCGACAAAACCUCGACUAGAGCAGGCUUGCGAGGCGACGUGGAUGUAUUGGAACUUGCGACGACAACGUUUCACUGCACUUCCGCGAAUUGCCACAACUGUGGUCUUUUCUACCCAAGCCUCACGGAGCACAAUUGUUUGCACCGGGAUCUACCCCAGCUAGUAAAGGCGGAUGCAUAUGCGGAAUAUGUCUCUAAGCUACUCGCAUGGGACUGGCCUUUCGAGCAGGCCAUUUCGAUCAGCAUACGCGUCUCGGGCAAGCCAUCUAAGCUAGUCCGACAGCUCAUGGAGCUCUGUGGCAAGAAUUCAGAGACGGCGACGGCGAAAGAGAUGGACGAGUUGGAUGUCAGGUUUAUGAGGGACGAUGGCCACAGUAUGACUUGGCGUGCGGCAAUGGUAUGGAGUGACACCUACAACCACUCAAAUGGCCCAUUGCGGCUAGCAACUCCCGAAGAGGUUGUGCAGGCAAAGAUUUGUGAGGCAGACAGACGGAAGAAGGCGAGUCGGUAUGCCUGCAAGAUCUGCCCGCAUAAGUACCUGGAAUUUUGGUCACCCGCAAUGACGCACCUCAUAGUAACGCACAAGAAAGAACCAGAUACCGACUCCGAACUGCUGGAGGUUCGCCUGCCUGCUAGUAGUCCAGAGGCUGCUGGGAUUUAUACCGUCAAGCUGCCAGUCACGAAGGAGACGAUGUAGCGCACGCAUCGUUUCAUUCAGAUGGCACACGUCGUAUCAACAGACAAUGAAGUGACGCACAACUCACGAUGUAAUCUAUAACGUCUGUAUUCGUAUUGCAUACUUCUUACCUUCAGUCGCCCGCCAGAGGUAGUGAGUUUCCUUAUGC